AUGACGUGGAAGAGGUUAGGGGAGAUCAGGGAUAGAUACAGUGUCCCCCACACCGUAGAGAUACUAGUUCCCGAACCGAAUGAGUGGGCCUGCUAUCCGAGGUCCGGAUGCGUGGCUGUCAGUGAAUAUCUGUUUAAGGCAGAUAAAUUCAAGAGGAAGGAGUACCCAGCUCCAGAUAUGGCCACAAUUCUGAAGGCCACCACCACCACCAAGGCUAGGGCCUUGAAGCGGGGGUCUAGUGGGGCCAAGGAGGUCCAAGGCAAGGUGGAACGCCUUUCCAAGGACAGCACUCCAAAGGCUCCCGAAGAGGGAGCUUCCCAAAGGCAGAAGAGGCCAAAAGAGCCUCGGGAGAAAGAGAAGGUCCCAGAGGAGGUGAAAAGGAGAAAGCUGGUGCACGUUACCAUCUCGUUCGGGAAAUUUGGGACAUCAGUGUCCCAUGAGGCCAAAUCUACAGGGAGGCUAAGGCUGAGGAGGCUAGGGAGGAGGGCUGCUAAGGCUGCCGAGGAGGAGGUAGCUAAACAAAAGCCUGCUCGGGAAAAGGUGAAGUCGCCAAGUUUCCUAGCUGGAAGGGAGGAGACCUUGGCCCCAACCUUGGUGGAAGCUCUUCCAGAGGAGGUUCGAAGCGCCACUGAGAACUUUACCGGCUCUGGACCGACAGAUGGCAGUUGCAUACCUCCUCCUGCGAUGACCAGAUCUUCAGAGGAGAAGACGGCCUCCCUUGCAGAGGAGGUUAAGGUGUCUAGGGUCGAGGCGGAGGAAGCCAGAGGCCAAAAACUUGAAGAAAUGGCCAAGCUUGAGUCUGCCUUGGCCCAGAUUGAGGCUUUGAAGAAGGAAGUUCAUGAGUCACAGUGCGAGAUGGCAUCCCUAACAAAGAAAGUGGAGGUCUCCAAUGAGCACCAGAAAGUGACUGUUGAAGCCCUGGAGAAGGCCAAUCUCUCUUUGGUGGGUGCCCAAGAGUCCAACCGAUUCUUGGAAACCCAACUCAAAUGGUAUGUGGAUGAUGCGUCCCAUGCCAGAGAGGAGGCCCAGCUGGCGAGGGAAGAGGCGGUGCAAGAGUAUGUUGGCAACUUCCACAACACGGACGAAUAUAAGAGCUUCAGCGCAUACUGGAGAAACUUUGCCUAUGCUGAGACCCCUGCUGAGGACGUGCAUGGUAAUGAAGCAACUGAGGCUGGGGAGGUAAAUGUCGAUGCUCAAGCUGCUGAAGGCCCAAGUACAGAAGCACCUCCCCCAUCUACCGAAGUUUAG